GACAGAUAUGCCAGUCAAAAAAGUGUGUAAAUAAAACAAAGAACAGAAUAUAAAUAGGGAAAGGGGUGAAAGAUCGGCACCAGGCGCACAGUACCAACUGCCACCCAAUUCACCAUAACACACACCGCUACGGGCGCUGAUCGCUUCAAGGAGCGGACGCAGUGCGGCGGGUGCCCACGAGCAACUAGUGUCCAGGUACCAAGCAGUGUCCAGUGUCGCGCUCGCCAUUGCCAUAGCUCUAUGGUGUCCCCAGCAACAUGAACCUGGAGUCUCUGUUCCGCGACUUCAAUCCCUGCAAAUUCAUCGUCCACUGCAGCCUGUUCACCUUUGUCACGCUCUUCGCACUGCGCCUGGACAACUUUAUAGAUUGGCCCUACUGGGCGAUUUUCACACCACUGUGGAUAUGGAAAUGCACCGCCAUCCUGGGUGCCAUCGUGGGCGCCAUUGUGUGGUGUCGGUAUCCACAUUAUCGGCUGGAGGGCGACGCCUACACGCAGUUCAAAGCGAUGCUCAUCUCGCUGGCCCUGCACCUGAUCCUGCUGAUGUUUGAGCUGCUGGCCUGCGAUAAGCUGACCUCGGACCGACAUCUGUGGGUGCUGGUCUUCAUUCCGCUGAUCUUCGGCUCGGUGGUGAGUGUGGGCGCCUGUGUGUGGGCCGUCAAGCACGAUCGCUCCUUCGAACUGGAGCUCUUCCUGGCGGUCAACGCGCUUCAGUUUGUCUCACUGCCGCUGAAGCUGGAUCGCUUUGUCUACUGGAACUGGGACGUGGUGUUCGUGCCCAUGUGGAUAGUUAUAUGCCUGAGCCUGGUCAGCGUAUUGUACAACAUCAUCUUUUGUGGCAUCAUGAUGCGUACGCCAGAGGUCUCGCUGCAGCAGAAGAAGGCGGCAUUAAACGCAGCCGUGGGCAACAUCUGCACGGUGCUUCCACUGCUCUGCUUUCAGGUGGUCAUUUGCGACAAGCUGGACGGCGAGCUGAAGUUCCCGUACAUCGUGGUAUUUUCGCCUCUGCUGGUCUCCAUUAUGGCGCUAAUCAUUCUCAGCUCUUCGGCAAAGGGCGGCAACAUGUGGUGGUUCGGCAUCCGCAAGUCCUUUAGCCAGUUCCUUUUAUCCGCGAUGCCGUUCCUGCAGGAGUACGGCAACAUCAGUUACCAUCCGGAAACCCACAGCAAUGCCGCACAAUCCAUGCCGCUGGACGCAGCGUCCUCGUCGACGAGCAUGGCGGCCAGCGAGCAGCUGCACGAGUUCAACAAGCACGAGAAGAAGGGCAAGAAGGGGGCCAAGAAUGACAUCCUCAAGCCAGUGGUACCGUUCGUCAGCAUCGACCUGCCGGACUAGAUAUAGACAACCAGCGCAGCACAUUAGCAACAGCAAACAGCAGCAUCAACAAUAAAUCGCAAGAACCACAUAGACAUAAGGACAGCCCCACGGCACGCGCACACGGAGAUGCCGCACACCUUUAAUCAGGUGUUUAUGUUAAGCAUUGCAUACCCAAACACACUCACACUCACACAUCGGCCGUAGCUUUUAGACUCGUACUGAAUUUUAAUUGUAAGCCAAACGCUAACACCGCCCACACAGCAUGCCCCCAACUCCAACCACUCCCAUCGUCCGCACCAUGCUCCCUCCCACGCAUACGCCUGCAUAUAAUAGCUGUACAUAUAUACAGAUCCUGGCCACACGCUUCUGUUUGGGUUGUAUUGUACCUAACCCAAACCCGAAUCUGACUCCACCUUGACCACUGUUUGCCUACACAAAUUGAAGAGAGCAGCAUUCGGAACAUUGACUCGCGGCCCUGUAUAUAUGUGCUAGUAUUAUAUGUUACAUCUCACACACCUUGAGAAACCACUUAUGUGUAAUGCCCUACUAUAAAUUGUAAAUAAUUAACAAAGUACGUGAAAACGAGAAAUAUACUUAAGUGCUUCCAAAAUGAGGAGACGAUGAUAA